AAAGGCUCCCAGUCUGGUGUGUAGCUAUUAGCAGAGUGACACAGCUGCCUAACAGGACCAGUGGCAAUAUUCCCCAAACCUGUGGAAUACUCACUCGUCUGUCUAUCUGACCAGAAAAACAAGAGCUUUCACAUCCAAGUGAGAAUUACAGGAGGAAAAAUGAAACUCAUCUUCCAGGCCUUCCUCUCUUGCUGCCUGGUGGCCACGGCAGCACACUGUGCGCAACCUGAAGUGAAUCCCAAGUUAAAAAAGAGGCUAAGCAUAUGGCUCGGGAGCAGACUCAGACGGGAUCUAGAGAGCAAGACGGCAAACUCUGAGCACAUUGUCCGACAAGAGGACAUCAGGGAUACCAUGCUGCCACAUUCCAGGUAUGUACCUUCAAGCAAAGCCAUCAUUUGCCACUUAAAUGCAUCUGUCCCGGAAACAAGCAUCUGGACUCAACCUCCUUCUCUUUUGUCCUCCAGCACUGAACCCCAUGUGCGAACCAAGAGGUCCAAAAAUUCUGCCAACCAGUCAAGAAGACAGGGUUGUUAUUUGGGGACCUGCUCAGUGCACGACCUGGCGCACCGUCUGCACACUCUCAACAACACGCUGAGGUUUGGCACCGCCCCCCCUAUCAAGAUCAGCCCCCAAGGAUAUGGCCGCAGACGUCGCUCACUACCAGACCAUAGAGUCGCGCUGAGGAUGGAGCAGGGCAGGCUCAGGCCUGUGUGGAGAACCACUGCCUCCCAGGUCCAUAAGCUUGAGGCUCUGCUCAGGCAAACAUGAAUGGGACUUUGCAAGAAAGAAGAAUAAAAGCCAAGGGGGACUAAGAGUUAGCGUACUCUCGGCUCUGUUCUCAAAUUCUCUGAAUGCCUCCGAUUUGCCAAGUAUUCUCCAGCGUUUUUCCAGGUCUGGGGACCAGGUCAGGGCGAGACUGGCUGCACUGAGUUUCUUAAAGCGCUGCACCCCGUUGUUCGGUGAUGUGGAGCGAGCGAACAACUGUAAAACACUGGAUAGAACAGCGUGGAGCAACUACAGGUGCUGCUCUCCGCUUGGCAGGGGGUGACUCCAAGAGUGUUGAUUUCUAGCCAAGUGAGUGGACUGACCCUCUGGUGUAAAAAGAGUGAACACUCACAAUUCCUCCUCCACUUUGAUAAGUGCUAUCCUGCAAGGAUAAAAAAAAAAGCUGUGAGCACUUUUCCAUUUGGACUCUGAUGAACGAUCUGGAGAAGAUGAUGUGCAUCACAAUGCCAGAUGAGGGGAUGAACACUCUCAGCCUAUAUUAAGUUUUGGGCACUGUAUAAAGGAAAAUAAAUGCCUUCAAUUCUGUGAGUUAUGUGCCAGUCCACAAUGGAUUGAAAUAUACUUGAAGUUGUUAUUUGUACAAAAAGAAAAAACACACACCUGUGCAAUCUUUACAUAUUUUUUUAUUGGAGAUACUGUAUAUGUAUAUAGGAAUUCAUUUAUUUAAUAUUCUAUAGAACGUUCAUCUAGAUACGCAUAAAACUAUUUUUGUACAGAAAGAAAUAUACGGUAUAUGGGCAUUAUAUUCUUUUGCAGACUGUGGUAAUAGGAUAACUGUUUUGUUUGGUAUAUUAUAUAUUUGUAACUGUUCUUUAUUUUAUUUGUGUUAAAGCAAUAAUAUCGUCACGUAAUAAACAUUUUGCAAACAAAA